AUGGUUGUUGGUGCUCCGAUCAUCGUCACGCUCGGCGACUCGAUCACGCAGAAUGGCGCUAACCCCGACAUCAUGGGCUACCAGGUCAUGCUCACGCAGGACUACGUGCGCAAGGCGGACGUGGUGAACCGCGGCUGCAGCGGCUGGACGACCCGGGACUGGGUGCCCAAGCUGCCGCUCCUUGGGCGCGAGUGGUCGCACAAGCCGCCGUCGCUCAUCACGAUCUUCCUUGGCGCCAACGACGCCGCGCUCGUGCCCGAGCCCCAGCACGUGCCAUUGGAGACGUACGCCGGCAACCUCAAGAUCCUGCUGCAGACGCUCGGCGCCACCUUUCCCGACUGCCGCUUUCUCUUGCUGACGCCGCCGCCGAUCGACGAUUCGCGCAUCAAGAGCCGGUCGAACGCCGAGACUGGCAAGUACGCCGCGGCCUGCGUCGCCGUCGGCGCCGAGCGCAGUGUGCCGGUCGUGGACUUUUGGACGGCGAUGCAAAACAUGCCACACCUACUGUCCGAUGGGCUGCACUUUAACCGCGCCGGCAACAUUGCGGCCCACGCGCUCAUUCUGAGUGCGAUCCGGACCCACUAUCCGGCGCUGGCCCCGGAGGCGCUGCCGUCCGAGUUUUGA